AUGAAACCACCGCCAUAUCUACCCGAUUUUAAGAAUCCAUGUUGGUAUGAGAAAACGAGUGGAGCCUCAUUACGAAAACGCUGCUUACCCUAUUUCUACUUGAUUGGAGUAGACAAAUGCGGUACAACUGAUUUGUUCACCCGUAUGCUACAACAUCCUCAGAUCCUUCAUACAAACGCCGUCAACAGUAAAGAAACACAUUGGUGGUCAUGGAGACGAUUUGGGUACGAUGUAUUUGUAAACAACUCCAAAAUUCAACAUUUCGAAGAUUAUUUAAAAGUUUUUGAUCCCACGUCUUCACGACUGAAUCAAAAAGAGGUUUUUGGAGAUGGAAGUCCAACAUAUUUCUGGGACUUUACAGGAUGGCCCCUUAUCCCGCAAAACAAAGGCAAAAGAAAUCCUGAAUAUCUUACGCCUCAUUGUAUUCAUCAUUUGACACCAAAAAGCAAAUUCAUUCUCAUCUUAAGAAAUCCCGUCGAAAGGUUAUAUUCGGAUUAUUUAUUCUUGUUUCGAAAAAAUGUCUCGCCGGAAAGUUUCCAUGAAGGAGUUAUGUCCGCCUUGAAACUAUUUGAUGACUGUGAAAAAGAACAUGGCACACGAUUGUGUUUGUAUAACAAAACACUGCACAUGCACACUAAUGUGAGAAUAUUGAUUGGAUUAUAUGGCAACUACCUCUUGGAAUGGUUUGACGUAUUUUCUACUGACCAGUUCCUGAUAAUUAAGACUGAGGAAUACAAAAAUGAUAUUGCGGGGCACCUGAUAAAGGUAUUUAAAUUCCUUGGGCUUGAUCAGCUGAGUAACGAACAUUUAAAGAAGAUAUCUUCUGGGAGACACGCUUUCGAAAGAUCAGAUGACCUGAAGAAAAUUGGUGCAAUGUUGCCAACAACAAGAAUCUCUCUCUCUCUCUCUCUCUCUCUCUCUCUCUCUCUCUCUCUCUAUCUCUAUCUAUCUAUCUAUCUAUCGAUCUAUCUAUCUAUCUAA